UGUGAGGUACGUAUUCUCAAUCCUAUAUUUACAGAUAGAAUUUGUUUAUGAAGAUGGUAAGGUUGUCUUUCAAGAUGGAUCCUCAGUUCAUGCAGAUACCAUUUUUUAUUGUACUGGAUACAAAUACCAUUUUCCAUUUAUUGAAACAAAUGGAAUUGUAACCAUUGAUGACGAUAACCGUGUUGGGCCACUGUAUAAACAUGUCUUCCCUCCGCACUUAGCUCCUUGGCUCUCUUUCAUUGGAAUGCCUAAGCAGGAUACACCAUUUCUGACAACCGAGUUACAAUCCAAGUGGUUGGCUCAUGUUUUAUCUGGUAAGGUGUUGCUGCCAACAGAAGAGGAGAUGAUGUCUGAUGUCGAAAAUUACUAUCAUCAUAUGGAGGAAACUGGAGUGCCCAAGAGCUUCACCCAUGUCCUUCCCCCCAAUGAGAUUGAGUACAGGAAUUGGCUACUGGCUCAGGUGGAAAUGCCACCAUUGAAGGAGUGGAGAGGAAGAAUGUACAGGGAGUGUGUCAAGUUUGCAAAAGCCAAGCCAGAUGGGUACAGGGAUCAAUGAGAUGAUGAUUAUUGGGAUGCAGUCAUCGCAUCACAGGAAGUAAACCAUCUGGCAAAUGGAGAAGAUGUUGGGGUUGCUGAAGAUGUAGCCUAGUUAUCAGUUGUAUCGACAAAAUAAGUAGAAAUCUUUGUACUUUACAUGCAUCUUGUUAAUUCAAGAUUUCAAAUUUUAAGCAUUUAUUGUCUUAGCAAAAUUAUAGUUGGCAUUU